AUGAAGCUUAACUAUAUUUUCGCUGCGCUUGCGGCGGCCUCGCAGAUCCGCUUGAUGCCGCUGCCGCACGACAAGCAGCAUUACAAACUGGUGCCUGUGGCGGAGCAUCCCAUCAACUUGGCCCAGUACGAAAACGACUUUGUGGUGAGAAUGCCCUACUCCAGCAGCUCGUUGGAGUACUUGCGGAGCCAGGAGCUCAAGAUCUGGGCACGGAACGGGCACAAAAAGACGUUGGACGUGCAAUUGGACGCCGGGCUGCUUGCACAGCUCGGAUCGCUUUUUGACCUUUCCAAGGCAGAGGUGAUUAUUCCAGACUUGGCUCAGGCGGUGUAUGAGCUGUAUCCGGACAAGAAAGAGGAUGUUUUCGCUGAAGGCGCCGAUUUCCACGCUACUUCCGAGGUUUUCUUCAAGGACUACAGAAACCUCGAGGACAUCCACCAGUGGUUGCAUCUUCUUCAGGAAACAUACCCGGAGCUCAUCUCCUUGGAGACCAUUGGCAGAACGUACGAGGACCGGCCGUUCCGCGUGGUGCACCUUUCUGUGAAAAACGACGACGUCAACCACGAAGAAAAGAAGACCAUUGUCAUCACCGGCGGUGUCCAUGCCAGAGAGUGGAUUUCCGUCUCCACCGUGCUCUACAGCGUCUACGCCAUGUUGCGCCACUGGGAACAGAAUCCGCACGAUUCCAAGACCUUGGCGCAGCUCGACUUCCUCUUCAUCCCCGUGUUGAACCCGGACGGGUACGUGUACUCGUGGGAAACAGACCGAUUGUGGAGGAAAAACAGACAACCUGUAGAAGGCGGCGACGAAGGCCAGUGCCGAGGCGUGGACAUUGACCACUCGUUCGACUACCACUGGACGGCUUCUUCGGAGUCUGUGUGCAGCGAGGAGUACGCUGGAAAAGCACCGUUCGAGGCGCAUGAACUGCGGAUCUGGGACGAGUACCUCAACAGAACCAACGAGGCACACCACAUCCACGGCUACGUCGACUUGCAUUCCUACGACCAGGAAAUCCUCUACCCGUACGUGUACCUGUGCGAGCAUCUGCCUCGGGACGAGGAAAACUUGAUUGAGCUUGCGUACGGCAUCAGCAAGUCGAUCCGCUGGACUCUGGGCAAGUACUACGCAGUGCUGCCUGCUUGUCUCGACAGAGACCUGGAUCUUCUUCCCGAAUUGGGCGCCGGCACUGCUCUCGAUUACAUGUACCGCCAAAGAGCAUACUGGGCGUACCAGUUGAAGCUCCGAGACAGCGGAUCGCAUGGGUUUUUGUUGCCCAAGAAAUACAUUGAGCCUGUGGGCGAGGAGAUAGCCGCGGGACUCAAGUACUUUUGCAAGUUUAUCUUGACUAGUGGCGAGGCUUUCUCCCGGUGA